CCCUCUAGCCACCACCGCUCUACGCAUCCAUGCAGUGGUGCUGUUGCAGCUAGGAUUGUUUUGGUUUUGCCUGCGCAGGUACACGAAGAGAACUGUGGCUGAUAUGUAACUUGGAUUGGACGUAUAAAUGUCCUUUAGCGAUAGGAGAACUAUGUGAGACGCCCUUCGUGACCAGGAGUAUUAAAAUCAUUGUGUGGUUCAUCUUUCCCUGCUGAGACACCCUGCACAUACCAGACAGGGAACCAGUCACUCCUUCAACAUGGCCUAUCGGCGAGGCAUUCGAGAUGCUUAUGAAGCACGCUUUGCAGCACUGGAUUCAAGAGAGGUGACAGUGCACCGAGUGGUCAAUAUUGUUGAAAAGAGGCCUCGGCCAGCUGUGGAAUAUGACAGAGGUUAUGAUGAUGACCCGUGGUAUGGCGUUCCUCGACAUUACCAUGACGCGAGAGAAUAUCACGCCGAAAGCAGUUACUCGCACGAUGAUCGUCGAUACUAUGAGGACAACUCCCAUGACCAUUAUCGCAGGAGUAGCCCACAACACGAGGGCCCGUACUCACAUUCAUCCUAUGCCAGAGACGAUUUGAGGCAUCAGUUAGGCUCAAGGAGCAGUAGCAGAGGUGGUCCCUAUUACCGCAGCAGAGGUCGCGGAUCGGGUGCUCCUCGAAGGAGCUCUCCCUCUAUAAGCGCCAAACGGGAUCGCUCUCCUGUAAGGAGGGAAUCGCAACCACCUGUACCUGUCCGCUCUGGAUCAAACACCAGCACCAGGAGCUUCUCCCCUGACAGGGAGAAAAGCGCCUCCUACCAGCAGGCCCAGCAAAGGCAUAAGCCCAGCGUGCAGACGAGCCACACUCCCAGCAGCUCUGUGGAGGAGACUCCUCACGCCUCUGGAUCUUCAAAGGAAAAAACUCAAACUGCAUCUGUAGCGGAGACGGAGGAGGUGGAGGUGGAGGUGGAGGUGGAGCAGGAGCGGGAGGUGGAGGCGGUGGAGGAGGUUGGGGAGGUUGGAGAGGUGGAAGAGGUUGAGGAGGUGGAGGAGAUGGUGUCUGCCAGCAUGGAGCCAAAGCCGACACCAGAAGAAGACUUCAAGGCUCGCCGGUUGGAGGCCAUUAAGGCUAAGUCUCUGGAAGUUGAGAAGCAUUACAGGGCGGACUGUGAGACAUUUCGCACCGUGGUGAAGAUGUUGGUGGACAAGGAACCCAGUUUGGAUAAUCUGCUGCAGGCUCCGCUGGAUGAGAACCUGUCUGAGAUCAAAGAGCGCUGUCUAGAGUCCCUCAGGCACUUUGUGAAGGAGCUGGACGAGGUAUUAAAGCAGCCAGACACCUCGGCGUAAACUGCACGUCACGAAACACCGAAAUAUGCUUUUUCACUCGUAUUAUUUUAAUAUUCAUAUGUAUUAUUAAGAAAAGACAGGAUAUCUGGCGGUGGCACUCUUCCACUUGCUGAAACAUAAAUAGGAUUUAAGACUCAAUGCUAAAAAUGUUCAUGUGGAUAUGUGGUUACAAUGAAAUGCCUAUAGUAUUAUGAGUAAAAUCAAAAGAGCCUUGUAGAGUGAAAUGCCCAAGAUACAGUUUCUUUAAACUUUUAUGAUUCAGCUGCGAUUUUAACCUUGAGUCAAUUACAGAUGACGUUUUAUACAGAUAUAUAUGAAAUAUUUGCUUGGUCUUAUUGAUGAUGAUUCCUACUGAUAAAUGAAAUAAUUCAGCUUUCCUAUCACAACCUUUUACUCAGUCUUAAGUGAUAUAAAGUGUAUUGUGCUUCCAUUAUCUGUAUUUGUUGCAGAUGAGGCAGCGAGUGCAUCUAGCGCUAACUGUAACAAGUAUUCUCAAACCAGAAGGGUCCGACUGUAUGUGAUGUUUUUCAGUGCAGCGCUAUUUUAUAUAGAGAAGGUUUUCUAUAUGUAGAUCAUGCAUUUUUUGUCUUUUGAGUUGUAAUCAAACGUCUUGUGAAUAUCAUCUUUUAGAAUUAUACUCUUGUAAAUAAAAGCUGAGACCUUGAAUGAA